UUUAUUAUUAUUCUGUGUCCCAGGCAUAGCUUUCUGUUCACUAUGCAGUGCAGUUAUGCCACUCAGCUUGAUAUCCAACCCUGAAUCCAACAUACUGUAGCUCUGCUAUGUGCCGCAAACUCAGCCUGCCUUCUUAAAAAACUGGGGGGAAAUGAGACUAAAUUAAAUGUAGCAAGGUCGUUGGAAACAUUGUGAUGGUAUUAUAAAGUAAAUGAAUUCCAUUAGACUUUGGUACUUCCUUUAUCACAUGAUGGCACUUAAAACAAAUAGUAUGUGAUUGGUCUGCAAGCCCUGAGGGGACCAUGUUCCCGUGGUGGAUGUCACUGAAUAUAUUUAAUGUUAGCUGUGCAUAGCAAUUUCCUGAGUGCUGAAACAGCUUUAUUUUGAUGUUAAAGCUUUGUCAGUGGUUUACUAAGCGAGUUUUCAUGUCUUUAGCAUUUUUCAAUGCACGUCUAUUAGAAAAGUUGCAAGCUGGCAGCACAUUAUUGCCCUAUGUAUAGUUAGAGCAACUCCAAUUCCUCCAACACUUAUCAACCGACAGAUAUAUCCUCACUUUAUCUUCCAGAGGGUUUUGAUUUAAGUUUAUCCGAACUACAGAUCUAGUAAUCGCCCCACAUUUGUUACUUCUUUAGCUUCCAGACUUUUUUUUUGCAAUUUUUGUGCUCUUGAAGAAUAGUUUUCUAGUCUUUCUGAAGGUCUUUCAAAGUUUUUCUUUUGACAUUAGCUGCUUUUUCAUUCAUUUUCAGUCCUUUUUGUUCACUGAAGCCUCAUCAGAAAUGGUCUCAGUGGAAGGGUGGCUGUCAAGAAAGCAUUCUGAAGAAAGGGAAACAUGGAGGAGAGACUGUCGGAUUAUACAAGAAAUAGACUGAAAAUCAGUUGCAACAGGUCUCAGAGAGUGAUUAAUCCAAGUGGGAAAUUUGUGGUUCAAGACAUCUUUGAUGUGUUAGGAUAGCGAGGGACAACACUGAGUGUCUUCGGCCAUCUAUAUGGCAUGGUGGGGGUUCUGUCUAAUUGGUAACAGCUUCAUUUUUCAGCAUGAUAAUGAUCCCAAAUACUGCCAGUGCUGUAAAAGCAUAUCAGCAUAGAAAAACACACACUGGUUCGCAGUCAAACACAAUGGCCUCCGCAGAGCUUGCAGUGUGUGCUUUCUUCUUUGAAUGUCCUUUAAGAAGCUUGGAGAACUAUAUCUGAAGGCUACUUAAAGAAAUGACGAGAAAGCUGCCUAAGAGAGCUCAGACUGUGUUGAAGAAUGGAAGCGAUCGUACCAAAUACUGAUUUUCAAUCUCUGCACCUACUUUAUAUUUUCCAAAUAUAUAAAGAAAUUAGUGGCGGCUUAGGACUUUUGCACAGCACUGUACAUGCCUAAAUGCAGUGAGUUGCAGUUAUCCGACUGGGUAACAGGUAUGCCUAAUAAAAGUGUUUGCCUUUUAUUUAUUUAUUUGCUUUUUUCAUUAAGUUCAUUCUCAUUUUUUUUACAUAAUAACUCUAAAAGUGCCCGCUAGGUAAAUGUUUGCCUGUUUUGAAAUGAACACAGAUUCAUUCUGAGCUACUGUAAUAACACCGGGCCAAGGGAGAUGGUGUUGGGCAAGUGAAGUAGUAGUGGCAGCGGUCUAAAUUUAGUCGCCCUCUGCUUGUGAACUAAAUACCAAUGACAACAGACAAACUGACACCCCUCCACCCACCCACUCAUUCAGUCACUCACAGGCUGCAGCCCCUACUUGCUGCCCUCCCCAACACAAGCCUCAGUAACGGGGAGCGUGAGCGCCCACACGGGUCACACUACCCGGUCUGACCUCACCUUUCUUUCCCCGAGGAGACAGGCACAACUUGAGACAACCCCCUGAGGGUCCUUCAGGACAGCCAUGUCACAGUUCUCCACCAUGACAACCAGAGAGAGGAAAAUGCAGGCAGCAGCAAUCUGCAGGGAGGUUCAAGCCCAAGAAGAUAUAGAAAUGGAUCUGGGAAAGAAGAUGAGUGUGCCUAAGGACAUAAUGCUGGAGGAGCUGUCUUUCGCCUCCAACCGGGGCUCCCGUCUCUUCAAAAUGCGUCAGAGACGAUCAGAAAAAUACACUUUUGAGAGCAUCCAGAACCAAAACAACACACAGCUGAAUAGCAUUGCCAUCUUCCAAACUGAGACUGGGAAUACCACUGACAGCCACAGCGGCCAGAACAACGUAGGUGUUGACCAGCCACCGAAAGUGACAUGUGACACAACAACUAUGGAAAUGGUGCCAGAUCCCACCAGCAUUGCUCCGGGGUAUGGAGGUCCUUUGAAAGACAUCCCUCCGGAGAAGUUCAACAGUACAGCUGUGCCAAAGUCCUACCACUCACCCUGGGAGCAGGCCAUCAUCAAUGACCCUGCCUUGGCUGACACUCUCAUCACCCGCAUGCCAGAGCUGGCACCUCAACAAGACCUGCCAGGGUACAAAAGCUUCAACAGGGUGGCAACCCCUUUCGGUGGUUUCAGCAAAGCACCCAGGCCUGCUCCUGUCAAGACCCUUCAGGUAGAAAUCCUCCCAGAGCUCCCGGAGCUCCAAGGGGACACCCCGGUAAUUCGACCCUCCUUCAACAGAGCUGCUCUGGGGUGGGUGUCUACGGGUGGUCCAGUCCCCCUCCCUAAUGUUUCUGUCGAGAAUGCGCUCAUCCCUGAGUCAGAAGACCUUUGAACCCGUGUUGAAGUCACACAGAGAUGCUGUCUACUUAGUUGCUUAACCUGAGGUUGUUGUUUGUGGAGUGAUGCUGGAGUCAGAACAGAGCAUCCUGUUGGGUGUUGCUGGUUCAAGUUAGCGUGUAUGUAGCACCCUUUGGUCUUUCCACUGAUGUUAACUGUUGCACUGCAGGGAAUAAUUUAAAAAAAUCACUGUGUACAUUAGACAGGCACACUACUGAAAACUGUUGUAUAUUGAUUUUCAUAAACAGAUUUUAUCUCACAUUUUUGCUCAAUAAAGUGGCGUACAAUGAUCAAAAAUCCAA